GCCUUUGUCCUACUGGCCGCAGGCUAAUAACCCACAUAAGAGGAUCAAACAGCAUCUGUAGCAUAUACAGCGUGUGGCAAUAUUGUGCCGCUGUGAAAAAGCCAAUUGAUACGGCAAGGACAAUGGAGCGGACGACUGCCGCUCUCGGACGACGUCUUGCUGCCAAAUCCCAUCCUCCACGCACUCAUCAACCCCAAGCAAGAGUAACGUAGAGCCGUCAGGCGCAUGGAAACAAACGGAAAGAGAAGGGCUAACACUGCAAGGACGUUUUGGUCGGCGCAGCGGGGCUCUCCGGUGUCAUGCAGCGCGCAAGCAUGUCGACAAAUUACCGUAGAAAGGUGCAGAAGUAUUCAAAAAUCAGGAACCGUUGAGAAAGCUCAGCGCACUAUACAAUCUCUCCUAACUGGGAAAAGCAAGAGACAGCUAACGUAACAAACUAAUAUAUGCGGCCCGGGUGAACCGCCACUGAACCAGCACUGAACUAGCAUGUACCAGGUACCGGGGCACAUUCUUGCCGGUCAAAAUCCGAAAUUGCCGAACCAACCGACAGAAAAAAAUGCUCUGUCGCAUAACGUCACCUCCCGUGUCUAUGGAUAACGUUACUUCCCGCUUCCGCAAUAAGCCGACAUCCAUCCAUACUGGCUAGUUGAAUUAAACGACGUUUGCUGUGCGGCGGCCAAAUCUACACAAAAAGCCUCCCAAAAUUAUACGCCGACGAAAUUCUAUUAUCACAUUUUAUGGAAAAAAACAUGGAUAUGUUUUCUAAUUUCUCUGCGGAUGUGCUCCCAUUUGUGGAGUCGGUGGAUUUGACACUAUCGUUUCGCAUUACUGCCACCGUGCUGCAUUCAGCCAUUUUCUUACUGGGAGUGUCUGGCAACACUCUGCUUGUCGUGGUGGCACAUAGAUCCAUGUUUCUCAAGCAGCCUAUGUACACCUAUUUGGUAUCGAUGGCUUAUGCCGAUCUACUGGUCUGUUUAACGGCCAUUCCGGAAGCCAUUGUGUCGUACCAUUUUCGAAAUCAUUGGUUCCUUGGCCAGGUGGGCUGUUCCAUAUUUGUUUUCCUCAAUUUUUUCGGGAUUAAUGCCGGGGUCGCCAGCAUGACCAUGAUGAGCUUUGAGCGCUACCUUGCCAUUUGCCGUCCAUUGCUAGCCCGCAAAAUGUGCACCGUGGAGCGCACGCGCAAGAUCAUCAUCUGCUUAUGGAUCGCCACCGCAGUCUACUGCUCACCGUGGCUGGGUCUCACCAAAGCAAAAGCCAUCGAGGGCACAGAUUGGGAGGUCUGCGAUUUUCGCUUAACGCAGGCGUACUAUAUCUUGAUUUUUGGAGCGGAUUUGUUGUUAUUUUACUGCACUCCACUGCUGGCGGCAGUGAUCAUCUACGUAAGAAUCCACGAGACGUUGCGCAAGCGUGAAGCGGCGAUUGACGUUUUGAUUAGUACGGCGGAAGACUGUAAACUCUCAAGGGAGUCAGCAAUGCGGAAUAAGGAUGAGCAGGAGCCAAGCAAGCCACUUUUGUCUGACUCUGGUAGCGCUGUUAUUAACGGCAACGGGUACAGCUGUGCUUUCAAUCGAACUGAAUCAGUACUAACCCAGCGCAAGCAAAUCAGAGCCCGCAUACAGGUUGUGCGAAUGCUGUUUGCAACCGUAUUGGUGUUUGCCAUUGCCUGGUUGCCAUACCGUGGGUUGUUGUGGUACAACACUUUUGCGGCCACGCCCUGGCUCAACGAGUGGUACUCCUUGUUCGCCAAGACACUCAUUUAUCUCAACUCGGCGAUAAAUCCAGUGCUUUAUAACAUUAUGAGUGCGCGGUUCCGAAGAGCAUUUUAUCGGAUUAUCACCUGCAAAAAAGUACGCCAGUCGCCUAAAAAAGCCAGUGGUGAUGGAACGAGAUCCACACUUUACGUGUAAUGUUGACAGCCUAAAGUCUGUAACUCCUCAAGUCGGUUUAGAUAUUUGGACAUUGUUGCGCAAUUAGUUUACAGCGAAAUGGCGAAGCUAAAAAAUGAAACUCGUAUGCAGAAAUUCCGAGGUGAUGUUUGCGGUCCCGCGAAUGAACAUA